AAGUUUUUGUUUGUUUGACAAUUCUUGUUGCUUGAAAACAUUUGUGACAAAGAAAAAAAUAACGCGAUCAACGCGACCGGCAGCGGAGUGCUUUUAUUAACAGAAAUAUUUAAUAAAAUUGGUAAUAUUUUAGAUCAAAUCACCUUCAUAAUGUUGUUCUACUCAUUUUUCAAAUCCCUGGUUGGAAAAGACGUGGUGGUUGAGCUGAAAAAUGACCUCAGCAUUUGUGGAACUCUGCAUUCUGUUGAUCAGUAUCUCAAUAUAAAGUUGACCGAUAUUAGUGUUACCGAUCCGGAGAAAUAUCCCCACAUGCUAUCCGUAAAGAACUGCUUCAUCCGGGGAUCAGUGGUGCGGUAUGUACAGCUUCCGGGCGAUGAAGUCGAUACCCAACUGUUGCAAGAUGCAGCACGCAAAGAAGCCGUUACGAGUGUUCGGUAAAAUAAUAGCCGUAAUAUGGCUUAUCGAAUAAAGGUAUUCGUUUUUUGCAUUUUCUAAUUGAUGCUAUUUAUUAGGUACUAAUAGUACAAUGGUAACGAUA